UUACUCUUUUGGAGAGCUUGUUUCACAUCUGGAUGAAAGGGACUGCACAGAUGCGCAAUGAUCCGGUGAAUUAAAAUGAUUGUGCAGAUCUGAAUUGCUCAUUACUGUAAGGACAACAGCUUGACUGUAGGCUAUAUGUCUUCCCUGAACUCUAAUGCUUCUUGAAUAUUUUUAUUUCAACGAAAUUUCUGCCUUUUCCGGACAGGAGUCAGCAUCAAAGUCAAUAUUUUCAGAUAGACUGUUAAUGUCAGUCAAUAGGCGACAAUGAAUUCUGGCAGAUAAAGCAAAUUGCAAAUUUAGCUCCUUUUGAAGAGCCAUGUAUUCCCUUACCGGAUUUUCGGUGGUCAGCUUGUUGAGUUUUGGUUACCUGUCCUGGGACUGGACAAAGCCCAACCAGGUGGAAAACGAGUCGGUCUUGGACUUCAAGGACAAAGGGUCUCCGUUCGCGCCCCGAAAGCAACCCCCUCACAUCAUCUUUAUUCUGACCGAUGACCAGGGCUUUCACGACAUCGGCUACCACGGCUCUGACAUCCGGACGCCGACGCUGGACAAGCUCGCCGCGGAGGGCGUGAAGCUGGAGAACUACUACGUCCAGCCGAUCUGCACGCCGUCACGCAGUCAGCUGAUCACGGGCAGGUACCAGAUCCACACGGGCUUACAGCACUCAAUAAUUCGGCCUCGGCAGCCCAACUGCCUGCCCCUGGACCAGGCUACCCUGCCCCAGAAGCUGCAGGAGGUGGGCUACGCCACCCACAUGGUGGGCAAGUGGCACCUGGGCUUCUACAAGAGGGACUGCCUGCCCACCCGGCGCGGGUUCGACACCUACUUCGGGUCGCUGACGGGCAGCAUGGACUACUACACCUACGACGCCUGCGAUGGGCCAGGGAUGUGCGGCUACGACCUGCACGAGGGCGAGGGCGUGGCCUGGGGCAGGGGGGGCAAGUACUCCACCCACCUCUACACCCAGCGGGUGCGCAAGAUCCUGGCGGCCCACGACCCCCGCCGGCCCGUCUUCAUCUUCCUGUCCUUCCAGGCCGUUCACACCCCGCUGCAGUGCCCGAAAGAGUACCUGCACCCGUACCGGGACGUGGUGAACGUGGCCCGCAGGAAGUACUCCGGCAUGGUCUCCGCGGUGGACGAGGCGGUCCGAAACGUGACCUACGCCCUGCGCAAGUACGGCUACUACCAGAACAGCGUCAUCGUCUUCUCCAGCGACAACGGGGGCCAGCCCUUCUCCGGCGGGAGCAACUGGCCACUGAGGGGACGCAAGGGCACUUAUUGGGAGGGGGGCAUCCGCGGAUUGGGGUUUGUCCACAGCCCCUUGCUCCGGCGCAGGAGGAGGGUGAGUCGGGCCUUGGUGCACAUCACGGACUGGUACCCCACACUGGUGGGGUUGGCGGGCGGCAACGUGUCUGCCAUCGACGGGCUGGACGGGCACGACGUGUGGCCGGCCAUCAGCGAGGGGAAGGAGUCCCCGCGGAUGGAGAUCCUCCACAACAUCGACCCGCUCUACAACCCCGCCAAGCACGGCUCCUGGCAAGACGGCUUCCGGCUCUGGAACACGGCGGUCCAGGCCUCCAUCCGCUCCGGCGACUGGAAGCUGCUGACCGGCGACCCGGGCUACGGGGACUGGUUCCCGCCGCAGACGCUGGCCGGCUUCCCGGGAAGCUGGUGGGACCUGGAACGCCGCACGGACCUCAGGAAGUCCGUGUGGCUCUUCAACAUCACCGGCGACCCCUACGAGCGAUACGACCAGGCCGCCCAGAGGCCCGACGUGGUGAAGGAGCUGCUGGCGCGCCUGGCCCACUACAACCGCACCGCCAUCCCCGUCCGGUACCCGGCAGAGGACCCACGGGCCAAUCCCGAACUCAACGGGGGCGCGUGGGGGCCCUGGGCGGGGGACGAUGAGGUGGACAACUGGGACAGGUUGUUCGACAAGAAGAGCAAGGCCAAGAAGAAAUGCAAGAUUUGCAAACUGAGGUCCUUCUUCCGCAAACACAACGGCGGGAUCAUGUCCAACAGAAUAUAGCCUGGCGGCGUUGACUCAAGCUGAGGCCUGUCCAACCCUGUUCCUGGAGGGCCGUGUGCUGCUAGUUUUUAUUUCCCCCCUAUAAUCGCCCACCAGUGAUGAUCCAAAGGAACCUGGUGAGGUGAAUUAAGUAAUUAAAUGAUUUAAUGAACCCUUUGGGUUCUUUUGGAAUGUUUUCUUUCCAAGAUUCUAGAGUCAGCGUUCUAGAACUCGAUUGCUGCCAAUUACCAGUAUUGAUUGUGACAUCAGUGUUAGAAUGUUCAGUUUGGCAUUGUAAUCACAUAUGUGUGAUCUCUUUAGGGGUUUCAAAUGUGAGUAACUGUGAAAGCCAGCACAUCACUCAUGAGGCCCUCCAAGCCCAGGUUUGAGUAAUCUUGCACCACGCCAUCCUCUUAACCGUCUGACGUUGUGUUGUCGCCACCUUGU